AUGGCUGUGCGCUGCAGCACAGAGGCCCCAAAUCCCAACCUUCCACCUAGCGCCAUGCAUCCGAAUCUGGCUUUCUCCCUAGCCACAGCCGCCGCUAGGCCCCCUCGCCCCCUUGCUCCUCAGUUGCCACGUCCCCUCGGCGCAGCCGGUUCCCCUCCCCGUGCUCUUGGCGGCGAGUUUCCCGCCGCUGCCUCCUCCGUGCGUUCACGCAUCAGCCUCUGCCGUGCCGUCCCUCCUCGGCAGCGAUCGAGAGCCGUCACCUGGACCUCCUCCUCCGCCGCCUCUGCCUCGUCCGCCCCUGUCUCUACCCGCUCGGCCGCAUCGUCAGGACCGUUCGCAUCGUCUCUCCGUGCUUCCGAUGACGGGCCGACGCCGGCCGCCUCGGCGCGAUGUGAUUGUGGCGGCGGGAUCUCCUGCUGUGCCCACCCUACCAGCGGCCCAGGGCGGGCAGGUGCCAGCCCUGUUCCGAGCCGUCACGGACUGCCUGACUGCGGGUGUUGGCGCCGCGCCUUCUGCCCUACCGAUGGCACCUGCUCGACCAAGGGAGCCCGUGUACCGCUCCCCUCGCGGGCGCACUCAUCCGUUUCUCCGUGCGCGCGGCCAUUCUUUCCGUCGCCGUCAUCCCCCUCGCCCGCCACUGUCCUGCCAGGCUCGUCUUCGACCCCAGCUUCAACCUCCUGCCACAUAGUCUCAGCCGUUGCAACUCCCUCUGCCGCAGUCGCCGUCCGCGUCGUCCCAACCGUGUGCGCCAGCUAUGCCAGCCCAGUAUGCACCGCCCAUCCCUCCGCCGCGCCCCCCCCCUCCUGCGCCGGAGCCGGCGCCACCUCCGCGGACGUGUCCUUCUGCCCCCGUCGCUCCGCCACCUCAAGCCGAUCCCGCCCCUCCGGUUGGCGUACAGGCGCCUCCCCCGUCGUCGGCACCAGGGCCAGGCCCGGCGCAGCCACCCCCUCGACCGUCUCCUCCGCCUCCUGCGCCGCCCUCGUUGGGGCCCACUCCUGCUGCGCCGUUUGCAUAUUGCGCCAGCACCUCCUUGUGCCGGGGUCUCGCCCCCAUGCGGCUUGGUUUGCAUUUGUGAGUUCCCCUCAUGUCGUCUCCCUCCCGGUCGCCGCAUGUUGUUCUCCCCUGCCUAUCACUCAUCUGCUGUGUCUUGCGCUUUCCCCGUCCCCCGCCAUCCUGCGCUCCCUUCGUUCCCGCAGCAUCAGCCGGUGCUUGGACUUUCCCGCGGAUACUGGAGUGAAGACGAGGUGCCUGGGACCCCUCCCGCGGCCUGGAGAUGGGGCUUACCAGUCUCGUGGGACGCACCUGGCGGAGGUUGGCCGCUGCGUGACAGAGCUGUCGCUCGUGCUUGACCUCCUGCAUGACGCACUUCAGCCGCGGGAGGUGGUGGCCUGA